ACGUACAGAAGUAUUGUUUCGCCGUCCUAAAAAUGGCGUCCGCACCCGCGUAAUUUGGAGACCUUAUUUAGGUAUUUCAUAUUUUACAAGCACACUUUUCCAUACCUCGUAAUAAUUUUUGGGAGUUGCCGUUGCACCGACAGUGAAAGGACGAAGAGAUGAGAGAAGCGGCAUGUUUGCAUGAUGGUGUUGCUCAUUGAAGGGACACUGCGGCCUAGCUGUUACGGAAGCACCGGCCUCUCCUUAGACGGUUACCCCGGCAAGGCGAGCCUACUCACGACCAGCAUCCUCCUGCCUCCAUCCUGCUCAUGACAUCCGAGAUAAUGGCUUUUGAAGAACUCAAAACUAAAGGAGAAAUGGAUGUUGGGAUGGAUGAAGAGAGGGGUCUGGUAGCCGGCCGUAGCCAGAGAGAGAAAAGGAGGUCGUACAAAGAUCUUUUACGGGAAGAGGAGGAAAUUGCAGCUCAGGUCCGCAAGUCUUCCAAAAAACGCCCAAAGGAUUCAGAGCUAUUCAUGAUGUCAGGAGACUCGCACAAAAAGAAGAAGAAAUAUAGUGACGAUUACUACUACAGAGACCAUGAUGGCUCGGGACGUCCCCUCCACAAAAAGAAGCAUAAAUCUGUAGACCGCUCUCCGACUCUAUCUUCCUCCUCAUCGUCCCACCCGGCAGAUACAGCUAUGGGCCUUCUGCAAGCGAUCACCUCUCCACUGGCCACAGGAUCAGACCCCAAUCCCCACUUACACAAAAAACCUUCCUAUCCAUCCUUCUCCUCACACUCUUCAAAAGACCGCAAGCGGGAGGGCGGCAGCAGCGGUAGUAAAAGUAGCCACUCCUUUUCUCACUCCCGCCCUUUGCCUUCAUCGCUAACUUCCUCCAAGAAGCACUCCUCAUCCUCUUCAAAGUCAUCAUUAUUCCACGGCGGAGCUCCCAAAGAGGAGCCGUUAACGUUACGGGAGGCAGACGGACUGAAAAUGAAACUGAUCAUGUCACCAAAGAAAGAGGAAGAAGACACUAUCCCGGUAUCACCCCACUUGUCCAAAGUGAAGAAGGAGAAGGAUCCAGAUCGAAUGCGGUCAAAGUCACCCAAAAAGAAGCAACAACACAGUCGAGAUCCUCUGCCGGUAGUGGGGAAAGAGGUGGAAGUGGAAGGCCAUUAUGGAGGGGGCAUGGGAGACGAUAGCUCUUCGUCGGGAGGCGAGCUGGAGGCGGGCGAACUCGUUAUAGACGACUCAUACACGCACUUGUCAAAGAAAAAGAAGAAGAGCAAGAAAAGCAAAAAGAAAAAGGACAAAGAGAAAGACAGAGACAAGGACAAGAGUGGGAAGGACAAGAAGCACAGCAAAGGGUUUGGAGACUCAUCAAGAAGCCACAGCAGCAUCCAUCCCACCGUCUGUCAUAGCGCUGUUGGUCCGAUGUACACAAAAGGUGCACCCGUCCCUCACCCCCACAAUCAAGGCAGCGACGGACCAACAGAGAAGAAGAAGAAGAAAGAGGAGAAAGAUAGAGAGAAAAAUGAUAAGGAUAAAGAUAAGCCCAAGAAGAAGAGCGCAUCAGCCUAUCAGGUGUUUUGCAAGGAGUAUAGGGUUAACAUAACUGCUGAACAGCCGGGACUAGUUUUUGGUGAACUAAGCAAAAAGUUGGCAGAGGUAUGGAAGAGGAUGCCGGAGAAAGACAAGCUGUUUUGGAGGCAGAAAGCUCAGUAUCUGCAGCACAAACAGAACAAGGCUGAGGCUACCACAGUUAAACACAAGAGCUCCAGCAAAAACAAAGCAGGUAUCGUGUCCCAAUCCAACAGAACACCGGUCACUGCGCCUCUUUCCCCUGCAAGAGUCCCUGAGGUUGAUCCCAUUGAUGCAGCCGCUCACCUGCAGCUGCUCGGAGAGUCCUUAUCCCUGAUUGGCCACCGGCUCCAGGAAACAGAGGGGAUGGUAGCAGUGUCUGGGAGCUUGUCUGUGCUUCUUGAUUCCAUCCUGUGCGCCCUUGGCCCUCUGACCUGCCUGACAGCUCAAAUACCGCAGUUAAACGGAUGUCCCCGAAACGUUCUGUCGAACACACUGGACAACAUCGCCUACAUCAUGCCUGGCCUGUGAAUGAAGGACCACAGCAAGAUGCUUUCAGUCAACAAACAGAAUAGGAUUGACUCAACAAAAAGCACCUUUGGACUUUAAAAAGGACUUCACAACGAAAAACUAUUUUUUAGCCUGUUUUUAAAAUUAUAUAUUUUUUAGACCUUGUUAUUAUAUAAAUGUUUUCAUUGUUAUACUUAAAAAAACAAACAUUUUAGUCCUA